CUAGAUCGCGAGCUUAUCAUUUUCUGUGAACAUUCAGCCUUGGCAGUUUUUUUAAUACCUUUGAUAUACAAUACUCAUAUGCACACAUGUGACCCGUUUUACAUCUUUAAAAAGGAAUGAUGAUAUGGAAGGCAACCCACUUUUUGUUCUGACUAGGCUACAUGCUGAUUUGCUUCAUGCAAUGAGAGGACAGGAGAAGAAGCGUAAGGACUAGGCAUGAAGCGUGGGAAAAAAUAUUCUCACUAUUCAAUGAUCAACACUGAGGACCAGAACAAGAAAGGCAUGAAAUGGAUUAUUUCCUCAGAGUCUGGCAGGUGGUCUUUUUUUUCCUUUUCAGCAGCAAAUUCUGUGACUGCUACAGAGUCAGUUGUGUUGGAAAGUUGAUAGUAGACUCAGAUGUCAUCCACCUGGGCUCCAACUUGACUGUAGGUUGCCAGUCGAACACGGAGGACUGUGGCAGACACUUUGCCUUAGUCUUCAAUGGACAGACCAUUUUCGAAACAAUUAAUUGCUCUGUAAUAAAAACACAAAUAGUCAUCAGUCAGCCCAGUUUUUGGCUACUCUGCAAGGUGAAGGAGGGAGACACAUGGCACACUGUUUGCGGUCAAGACUUCAAGGCUGGCUACCCUCCAGGUAAACCGAAAUUCAGCUGCCUCACAUACAAAAAUUCGGAGUAUGUAAACUGCUCUCUGAUGGUCACAACUGAGACAUAUUUAUUCACGAAUUUCACAGUGACAUUUCACGACAGAACUUCCCAGUUCUUCCAGUAUGUGAUGAACAAAGAUGGUCAUGUCUCUAUUCCACGAUCACUUUUUGUUGAGAACAUGACAUACAAAGUCCAUGUAAGAGGUCACAAUGCAUUAGGAGAGUCACACUCUACUUUUAACUUCUCGAUCUGGGACAUUGUGAUUCCAGGCACUCCAGAGAUAACAAGAGUUGUGUUUGAAAAUGGCACUCUUUCUCCUGCAAUAUACUGGAAUGGCUCGGAAGAUACGCUGAAACCAGUUUUGAGGUUCAGAGAAACACAUGAUGACCAGGACUGGGUCUUGGGAAGUGUGAAGGAGCUCCUAGAUGGAUGUAUUCUGAUGCAGAAAGCCUUAAAACCAUUGAUACCCUAUCAGUUUGAGCUGAGAGUGUGUGUUUCUUCAACAAACUGCAGCAUGUGGAGUCAUCCCUUCAAUAUGAUCAGCCCAGGAAUUGCACCAUCACACAAACUUGAUGUGUGGAGAGUCAUCAGCAGAACCAGUCCUCAUGGACCUGUGAAUGUCACAGUGUUGUGGAAGCACUAUAGACCAGAAUAUGACAGUGGAGGUUUGUUAUAUUACAAGUUAUCUUAUAAAGAAGAAGGCAAGAUCCACGAACUGAACUGCUCAGCUCUUGUCACUCAUCAAACUCUUCAGCUGAACACAGCCGAGGUUAAUGUCAGUGCUGUGACAGCAGCUGGUUCCUCCCCGCCUGCUCCUGUAAGCUUGACAUAUACAGGUAAACCGGCCCCCAUGAUAACACAUUUAGGUCCAGCAGCAGGGGGCAGUGUGCUUCUAGCAUGGGAUGUGUCUCAGUACAGUGAGGAGCUGAAGGGCAUUCUGGGUUUUGUUGUGCAGUGGCAACAGAGCCCAGUGACCUUAGAAUGGAAGAGAUUAGGAAAAGAUUAUAAUUGUACAUUUCUAGAAGGGAUGCGAGCCGGAGUCCUGUAUAACAUUUCAUUAUAUACUGAAGAAGCCAGUGGAGUUUCAGACCCUGCAUUUGUUCAGGUUUAUGCAAAGGAAGAGAAGCCUCUAGCUGGUCCAGAUGUAUCUAUUACCACUAUAGGGGAAAACCUGAUUUUGAUCCAAUGGGAAGAGCUCAAGCAAGAAAAACAAAGGGGAUUUAUCAGAAACUACACCAUUUACUUCCAGAGACAUGUUGACAAGAGACUUCUUCAGAACCAAACUGUGCCUUAUGCAUUUCCUAGAUCUUUGAGUUGGGAGCUGCGAGGCCAACAGGAUUGUUACGAUAUCCUGGUCUCUGCAUGGAAUUCUGCGGGUGAAGGGCCCAAAGGACAACCUGCCACUUGCUGUUGUCCCAGCAAACUACCUCACCAAACUGAUUCAUACAAGACAACAGGUGGAAUGAUAGCUGGAAUUAGUUUGGCUGCUGCUGUUCCUAUGGUGAUCCUGGCCAACCUGAUGUACAUGAAGUGUGUGCGGCAGAGAAUGAUGAAAAUGUGCAUGUCCAUUGGAGUCUCUUGGAUUUUCGAAAAUCUACCGAAAUUUGAUAACAGCAAUGCUAUAAAACUACUAAAGGACGACAGCUAUGGCCCUUGGGGAGCUCCUCCUGAAAACAGCGAUCCUCCCUUAACUCCCGUUGAGGAAGUCAGUCUGUCGUUGGAGAGGCAAGACUCUUAUCCAACGGUGCUUCAUGUCACAGAAAUGCCAACAACAGACCAGUUUUGCAUUGAUUCUCCUUAUAAACCUCAGCUAUUGACAGCUUCACAGAGAAACGAAGACUUCUCUGAGAUUACAGAGGAAGAGCUAAAAGAAGAGGACCAAUUCCCUUUGUUGGUGUCUCCAUCACAUCAUGACUUCAGCUGGGAUUUACCCUGUAUUCCCGUGAUACAUGGACGUCUUAAUAGCUUCUUAGCUAUGGAUGGAGCGCUAGGAUCUUUGGGCAUUCUUGAAGACCUCCUCACUCCCCCUCAGACAGUCUCCAGUAAGGAUGGAGAAGUGGAAGAGAAUGAGAGGAUUGUGGAACCAGGAGAUGUAAAUCAGAGCACUUUCACAAGUCAAACUGUACUACCAAUACUCCCCACAAAGGCUUUGUCAUAGUUUUUCAUUUCCAGAAUAGGGUUAGGCACAUUUUUAAGAAAUUUCAUGUGGCAAGAUUACUUCUGAACUAUAUGUGCAUGGAUGUGUUUUGGCCAUAAACACAAGCAUAUACAGGAUCUUGUAUGACAUGAUCUUGUACAUAAAGCAUUAAGAUUGUUUUUUUUUUUUUUUUUUUUUUUACAGAUAUGAUAGCCUAUUUUCUCUGUUUUGUCCACAUUUAGUCAGACACAUCUAAAUCACAUGUUGGUUUGCGCUCAUUCUGUGGAUAGUAUCUAAAGUAAAUUGUCCUGUAUGUUGCUGAUCAUUUUAUUCAUAGUAACGUCUUCCUCUUGAAUACUGUUUUGAUACAAAAGAAAAGAUACAUGACUGACUUAAUUGUACUGAAUGUGCACUUGUAGUAUACUUCAAAUCUAUCUAUCUAUCUAUCUAUCUAUCUAUCUAUCUAUCUAUCUAUCUAUCUAUCUAUAUAUAUAUAUAUAUAUAUAUGACCCUGGACCACAAAACCAUUCUUAAAUCACUGGGAUAUAUUUUUAGCAAUAGCCAAAAAUACACUGUAUGGGUCAAAAUUAUUGAUUUUUCUUUUAUGUCAAAAAUCAUUAGGAUAUUAAGUAAAGAUCAUGUUACAUGAAGAUAUUUUGUAAAUUUCCUACCAUAAAUAUAUCAAAACCUAAUUUUUGAUUAGUAAUAUGCAUUGCUAAGAACUUAAAUGGCGAUUUUCUCAGUAUUUGAUUUUUUUGCACCCUCAGAUUCCAGAUCUUCAAAUAGUUGUGUCUCGGCCAAAUAUUGUCCGAUCCUACCAAACCAUAAAUCUAAGGAAAGCUUAUUUAUUCAGCUUUCAUAUGAUGUAUAAAUCUCAAUUUCAAGAAAUUGACCUUUAUGACUAGUUUUGUUGUCCAGGGUCACACACACUCCCGCACACACACACACACACACACACACAUACUUGCAGAUAAUAUAAUAUUAACUAAAUAAAAAGCCAUGGUCUGUAGUAUUUGCGAUACUAAUCUCACCUAACACAAUCACAAAUAUAAAGCAUAUUUUUGCACAACUUUUGAAAAAUCCCCUUAAGAUUAUUCUUAUCCUUACAGUGUCUUGUUAUAUCUAUGUUAUAUGGGGCUUGAAAGUAGAGUUAACGUGUUGAAAAAAACGUUAACCUUACCUAUCAAGAAGAAUUUCUGUAAGUUCAACAUCUCAAUGUAAAGUCGUCAAUGAAUAAUAAACUUGGUUAGGAGAGUAU